AUGCAGAGCUCGGCUAUUACCUCGUCGCCUGAGUGCAAGAUCAUUCUCACAACGUUUCAGCAGACCACGGACCUACUACAGACAAAUGGCAGACAGACCGUGCCAGCCGCGCAAUGUAAGCAGAGGACAUGUCGCCAGACUUCCAUGCCGACACACCAGACACUAGCGCUUCCCACGGAUAUGUUCGGGUCAUCACAGGAAACGGCACGACCCAUGGAAAUGUCUUUGAUCGAGACUAUGCGUGUGGCAGAGCUCUCAUAUGCCUUGAAACGUAAAACGUUUGAAACACACAAAUGCCCAAAGCUAGAGGCAUAA